GCCAGAGCGCGAGGCUUUCUCUCCGGCUGCCGGUCGCCGGGUGCUCCUGAGGCGGCGGCGGCAGCAGCGUUCACACCGCCCCGCCCGCCGCCGCUCGCGGUGUCCGUGUGUCAGGGGAGGGGACGCGCGGAGGAGGGGAGGGGACGCCGCCGUUGCGGAAGGAACCGCCGCCGCCGCCGGGCGCUCGCUGCUGCCGCUGCCGCUGCCGCUGCCGCGUCGCUGGAGAAGAGGAGGCGGAGGGGGCGGUGGCGGCGGCGGCGGCGAACAUGUUUUCAGUGCGGAUCGUCACCGCCGACUACUACAUGGCCAGCCCGCUGCAGGGGCUGGAUAUCUGCCAGUCGCCCCUCACCCGGGCCCCUGUCAAGAAGGUGCCGGUGGUGCGAGUCUUCGGAGCGACCCCGGCAGGUCAGAAGACAUGUCUUCAUCUGCAUGGCAUCUUUCCUUACCUCUAUGUGCCAUACGAUGGCUAUGGACAGCAGCCAGAAAGCUAUCUUUCUCAGAUGGCAUUCAGUAUCGACAGAGCACUUAAUGUGGCUUUAGGCAAACCAUCUUCUGCUGCUCAGCAUGUGUUCAAAGUGUCAUUAGUAUCAGGAAUGCCUUUUUAUGGAUAUCAUGAGAAGGAAAGACAUUUUAUGAAGAUCUAUCUUUACAAUCCUGCAAUGGUGAAAAGGAUAUGUGAACUUUUGCAAAGCGGAGCCAUAAUGAAUAAAUUUUAUCAGCCUCAUGAAGCGCAUAUUCCCUACCUCCUACAGCUCUUCAUUGACUACAAUCUAUAUGGAAUGAAUUUAAUCAAUCUGGCUGCUGUCAAGUUCCGAAAAGCAAGAAGGAAAAGUGAUUCAUUAUAUGCAACUGGACUUUGCAAGGAUCGAUUUCCAGGAAACUCUCUUGCUAGUUCUUUAUUUAGGUGGGAAGAAGAUGAAAUACCAAGUUCUUUAAUACUGGAAGGUGUUGAACCACAGAGUACUUGUGAAUUAGAAGUGGAUGCUGUAGCUGCUGACAUCUUAAAUCGACUAGACAUUGAAGCUCAAAUUGGGGGAAACCCUGGUCUACAGGCCAUAUGGGAAGAUGAAAAGCAACGGCGAAGAGACAGGAAUGAAACUUCUCAAAUUAGCCAACCUGAAUCACAAGAUUGCAGGCUUGCGCCACCAACAGAGAGUGAAAAAAAAUUUCAGAAGAGACUUCAGGAAAUUCUCAAACAGAAUGAUUUCUCCGUAACAUUAUCAGGAUCUGUGGACUACAGUGACGGAUCCCAAGAGUUCUCUGCUGAGUUAACAUUACAUUCUGAAGUUCUGUCUCCUGAAAUUCUUCAGUGUACACCAGCUAAUACGAUCGAAGUUCACAAAGACACAGAGUUGAGCAAAGAACACACCAGGCACAAAGUGGAAGAAGCUCUUAUUAAUGAAGAAGCAAUUUUGAACCUCAUGGAAAAUAGUCAGACUUUUCAGCCUUUGACCCAAAGACUGAGUGAGUCACCAGCUUUCUUGGACAGUAGUCCUGACGAGGCUCUGGUACAUCUUCUUGCCGGUUUGGAAAAUGAUGGAUAUCAGGGAGAAAGAAAUAGGAUGCCAUCACCAUGUCACGCUUUUGGAAAUACUAAAAAUCUUCAAAAUAGUGAUGAUGAAGAAAAUGAACCACAAAUUGAAAAAGAAGAAAUGGAACUUAGUUUGGUGAUGUCUCAGAGAUGGGACAACAAUAUUGAAGAACACUGUGCCAGAAAGAGAUCACUGUUCAAAAAUGCCCAUAGAAGCUCAACUGAAGAUGAUGAUUCGUCUUCGGAAGAAGAAAUGGAAUGGAGUAAUAACAGUUUGCUGCUAGCCAAUCUUUCCAUACCUCAGUUAGAUGGAACAGCAGAUGAGAAUAGUGAAAAUCCACUAAGCAACGAAAAUUCUAGAAGCCACUCCUCUGUGAUUGCAGCAAGCAAGCUCUCAGUAAAACCUUCCAUCUUUCACAGAGAUGCUACUACGCUAGAACCCCCAUCUUCUGCUAAGAUCACCUUCCAGUGUAAACACACAAGUGCCCUUUCUUCCCAUGUUUUGAACAAGGAAGACAAAAUUGAAGAUCUUUCACAGCCAAACAAUGUAGAAAAAAGUCUAGAUCGUUCAGUUGCUACUUACACAGAUGAGAGCACUUACGCUGUAAAAUACCCUGGGUCUUUCAGCGGCACUGUCCACUCAGAAAGUGCUCACAAGGAAAGUAGUAAGAAAGAUACUCUUCCGGUAUCUUCAUGUGAAAGUAGUAUUUUUGAUUAUGAAGAAGAUAUUCCAUCUGUUACAAGACAAGUACCAAGUAGAAAGUAUACAAAUAUUAGAAAAAUCAACAAGGAUUCCCCGUUUACACAUAUGAACCGUCACACUAACGACAGUACAUUGGGCAAAAAUUCUUUCAACUUUUCUGACUUAAGUCAUUCAAGAAAUAAAUUGCCCCCUGAAAUAAAUGAAAAAGGAAAUAGUACAGCUCUGAGUAGUCUUUUCCCUUCAUCGUUAACUGAAAAUUGUGAACUGAUAUCAUGCUCAGGCGAGAAUAGAACUAUGGUGCAGUCUCUUGACAACAUUGCUGAUGAAAGUGGAUUAAAUAAACUUAAAAUUAGAUAUGAAGAAUUUCAAGAGCAUAAGACAGAAAAGCCGAGCCUCAGCCAGCAAGCAGCACAUUAUAUGUUUUUUCCUAGUGUUGUUCUUUCUAAUUGUCUCAGCAGACCACAGAAACUCUCUCCCGUGACAUAUAAGCUGCAGCCUGGCAAUAAGCAGCCCCGGCUAAAACUGAGUAAAAAGAAACUUGUAGGUCAUCAGGAGACUUGUACCAAGACUAAUGAGACUGCAUCCCCAAAAGAUAAUUGUAUCCAAAAUAAUCCUAGUAACAGUAAUCCUGAGAAGGAUAAUGCAUUGGCUGGCGAUUUGAUUAAAGCCACUCGUGGAGAUUUUGAAAAUAAGACACCUACAGACAGUCUUAUAGACUGCCAAUUGGAAGAUGGAACCUUAGAAACUGAGCAGUCCUUUGGAUUGUAUGGAAAUAAAUAUACACUUAGAGCCAAACGCAAAGUAAACUACGAGACUGAAGAUAGCGAGUCAGGUUUUGUAACACACAACUCAAAAAUUAGCCUACCUCAGCCUAUGGAAAUUGGCGAAAGUUUAGAUGGAACUCUUAAAUCUCGAAAACGAAGGAAAAUGGCUAAAAAACUGCCCCCGGUCAUCAUAAAGUAUAUUAUUAUUAAUAGAUUUAGAGGAAGAAAAAAUAUGCUUGUGAAACUAGGAAAAAUAGACUCUAAAGAAAAACAAGUAAUAUUAACAGAGGAAAAAAUGGAACUUUAUAAAAAGCUUGCACCUUUGAAAGAUUUUUGGCCAAAAGUUCCUGACUCCCCUGCCACCAAAUAUCCCAUUUAUCCACUAACACCAAAGAAAAGUCACAGAAGAAAAUCAAAGCAUAAGUCUGCUAAGAAAAAAACUGGUAAGCAACAAAGGGCAAAUAAUGAAAAUAUUAAAAGAACUUUCUCCUUUCGGAAAAGACGGUCGCAUGCUAUUCUUUCUCCUCCCUCACCAUCGUAUAAUGCUGAAGCCGAAGACUGUGACUUGAAUUAUAGUGAUGUUAUGUCUAAACUAGGUUUUCUUUCUGAAAGAAGCACAAGUCCCAUAAAUUCUUCUCCACCUCGCUGCUGGUCCCCCACUGACCCAAGAGCUGAAGAAAUUAUAGCUGCUACAGAUAAAGAAGCAAUGCUUUUGAAGGGCCUGAAUGUAUACAAUAGCCGAACUGUUCAUCCCCGUAUAGAGAGAAAUAGUCGAGCAAGAACACAGGUUAAAAAAGCAAAAACAAAGCUUGUUAACCCCUCUGUAAUUACGAAGAGAAGGAAUAAGCGAAACCAGACAAAUAAACUAGGAGAUGAUGGAAAAAAGAAGCCAAGAGCAAAACAGAAACCAAAUGAGAAAGAUCCAUCAAGAAAGCGCAUAGCACUUAAAGAUGAAAAAAUUAAAUCUCAGUCAGGGUCUGAAGUAAAGUUGGUGCUGAAACAUCAGCAUGUGUGUGAGUCGUUGCACAGUUCUGGGGGCUCCCAGCUGCUUUUUAAGCCGAACGACGUGUCACGAUCAGACUCUACUAUAGAUCAUCCCCUGCCCGCCCCCCUCCCCCCUGGAAUUCAUGCACAACAGACUUUCUCUGGCUGCUUUUCCUCUUUCUUAGAAAACAAGAAGCCUGUAGAUUUGCAGCCAAUCCCCAGCUCACGAGAUGAUUUGCAUUCAUCAGUCUGUAGUUCUUUGGGGCCUGGAAUCUCAAAAAUUAAUGUUCAGAGAUCUCAGAAUCAAAGUGCUAUGUUUACUCUAAAAGAAUCAACAUUGAUUCAAAAGAAUAUAUUUGAUCUUUCCAACCAUUUGUCUCAGGUAGCACAGAAUACACAGGUAGCGUCCAAUUUAGUGUCUCCAAAGACAGAAGAAAAUACAAAUGCACAAAAAAACUAUCUGUCGUCAAUUGGAAAGUUAAACGAAUAUUGCACUUCCCAAGAAUCAAAGUCUGACCAAACAUACACUCACAGUUUUUUGCAGUGCAAAGAUAGUCAGCAGCAGACUGUGUGCACGGGGGAAUCGUCAAAGCACAGUGAAAUUUCUUCUCAAGGAAACACAGCUUCAGAGGAAAGCCAAAUGCCUAAUAACUGCUUUGUGACCUCCUUGGGAAGUCCAGUCAAAGAAAUAGCAUGGGAACAAAAACAAAGAGGCUUUAUUUUAGACAUGUCAAAUUUUAAACCUGAAAGGGUAAAACAGCGGUCACUGUCAGAAGCAGUUUCACAAACCAAAGCACUUACUCCAUGUAAAAAUCAAAAUGUGUCAGCACCUUCAACAUUUGGUGAAGGACAGUCUGGACUGGCAGUUCUGAAAGAAUUGUUACAAAAAAGGCAACAAAAAGCACAAAACUCUAAUAGUGUACAAGACCCACUAUCUAGUAAACAACCAAACAAAAAUAGUUCUGAUUCCCUUGAACAAAGCAAAAUAGUUAAACGAACACGGUCAGUAACAUCUCCAAGAAAACCUCGUACUCCCAGAAGUACAAAACCUAGAGAGAAAAUUCCCAAACUUCUUAAAGUAGACUCUCAAAACUCACAAAAUUCUGGGCAGUUGGAUAACUCCCUAUCAGAUGAUAGUCCUGUCGUUUUUUCAGACCCAGGUUUUGAAAGUUGUUACUCGCUUGAAGAUAGCUUGUCUCCUGAACAUAAUUAUAACUUUGAUAUUAAUACAAUAGGUCAGACUGGAUUUUGUAGUUUCUACACUGCAAGUCAAUUUGUCCCAGCUGAUCAGAAUUUGCCUCAGAAAUUCCUAAGUGACGCAGUUCAGGAUCUUUUCCCAGGACAGAAUAUAGACAAAAACGAGUUUCUAAGUUAUGACAACCAGAAGUGUGAUGAAGAUAAACACCAUGCCCCAGACUCAACGUCGUGGAUUAGAUCUGGUACUCUCAGCCCUGAACUAUUUGAGAAAUCAUCCAUAGAAAACCAUGAGAAUCAUCAUCACAGCCAGUGGAAAAACAACUUUCAUCCUCUAACAACUCGGUCUAAUUCAAUUGUGGAUUCUUUCUGUGUCCAACAGGCAGAGGGCUGUCUAAAUGAAAAGUCUAGACUGAAUAGGAGUUCAGUGAACAAAGAAGUGCUUCUUAGCCUCUCACAACCAAGUAAUUCAGACUGGAUUCAAGGACAUACUAGAAAAGAAAUGGGACAUCUUGACUCAGUCAAUAAUUCUUUCACUACAAUAUUGUCUUCCCCUGAUGGUGAACUUAUUGAUGCAACCUCUGAAGAUUUAGAGCUAUAUGUUUCAAGAAACAAUGAUACAUUAACACCAACUCCUGACAGUUCACCGAGGUCUACCAGUUCUCCCUCCCAGUCUAAAAAUGGCAGUUUUACCCCUCGAACUGCUCAUAUUCUGAAGCCACUUAUGUCCCCACCAAGUAGAGAAGAAAUUAUGGCAACUUUGUUAGAUCAUGAUCUAUCAGAAACUGUUUACCAGGAACCAUUUUGCAGUAAUCCUUCUGAUGUACCAGAAAAGCCCAGGGAGAUCGGCGGACGGCUUCUCAUGGUAGAAACUCGACUUCCAAAUGAUCUGGCUGAAUUUGAGGGAGACUUUUCCUUAGAAGGACUUCGUCUGUGGAAAACAGCUUUCUCAGCAAUGACUCAAAAUCCAAGACCAGGGUCACCCCUUCGCAAUGGCCAAGCAACUGUUAAUAAAGGGUCAAGUAAUAGCCAUAAAAUGUUUGAGGAUAAGAAAAUUGUCAUUAUGCCUUGCAAAUGUGCCCCAAGUCGACAACUGGUUCAAGCGUGGCUUCAAGCCAAAGAAGAGUAUGAACGUUCCAAGAAACUGUCUAAAAUUGAGCCGACGAGAGUUGUCAAACCUGCUGCUGAGAACUUCAGUUCUUUACUUAACCCAGAUGACAAACCGGUAGUGCCUCCAAAAACAAAUGCAACUCCUCUCACACUCCCUUCUGUAGCGUGUACUGAGGAAGCUGUCGAUAAUUCUCAGAUUGCUUUACAAGGACCCACCACAGGAUGUACUAGAACUGCAAGUGAAAAUCAGAUGCUUCCAACAAAUUCAGAUGCUUCUGAAAGAGUGCUUCAGAAAGGGGAAGCUGAUGAUGCUGACAGCUAUCACGCUAGUUACAGCUCCCCUGACUCUCCAGUAAUCCCCCCUUGGCAACAGGCAAGAUCCCCAAGCUCCAAAGCAUUAAAUGGAGAUGAUAGACCCUCUUCACCCUUAGAGGAAUGGCAUUCACUAACUAUUGAGAACUUCUUAAAACCAGUAAAAGAUGAUACUAAGAAAAGCCCCUGUGACAAACUUGAACCUCUGGUGAUAUCUCCAAUUAAUGUUAGGAGAACUGGGAUAUGUGAAUCACUUUGCCUUCAUAGUACACCAAUUAUACAGAGAAAACUUCUGGAAAGACUUCCUGAAGCAACUGGCUUUAGCACUUUAUCAACAGAACCAAAAACCCAGAAAUUGAGUCAUAAGAAAGGAAGUGAGACUGACACUCUUAGAAGAGUUCUCAUAACCCAAACAAAGAAUCCAUUUGCAGCAGUAAAUACCCCAAAGAAAGAAACAUCUCAGAUUGAUGGACCAUCUUUAAACAAUACUUAUGGUUUCAAAGUCAGCAUACAAAAUUUACAGGAGGCGAAGGCUUUACAUGAGAUACAAAAUCUUACCUUAAUCAGCGUGGAGUUACAUGCCCGAACUAGACGAGACUUAGAACCCGAUCCUGAAUUUGACCCAAUUUGUGCUCUAUUUUACUGCAUCUCAUCUGACUCUCCACUGCCAAAUACAGACAAAACAGAACUCACUGGUGUCAUAGUGAUUGAUAAAGACAAAUCAGUCUCCUCUCAAGAUAUCAGAUAUCAGACUCCAUUACUUAUUAGAUCUGGAAUUACUGGACUAGAAGUUACUUACACUACUGAUGAGAAGGCUCUUUUUCAGGAAAUUGCAGAUAUCAUAAAGAGAUAUGAUCCUGACAUUCUACUAGGAUAUGAAAUUCAGAUGCAUUCGUGGGGUUACCUCUUGCAGAGGGCUGCUGCCUUGAGUGUCGACCUGUGUCAGAUGAUCUCUCGAGUGCCACAUGACAAAAUUGAGAACAGAUUUGCAGCUGAAAGAGAUGACUAUGGAUCAGAUACAAUGUCAGAGAUAAAUAUUGUUGGUCGAAUUACACUAAAUCUUUGGAGAAUCAUGAGAAAUGAGGUGUCUCUAACGAAUUACACUUUUGAAAAUGUGAGCUUUCACAUUCUACAUCAGCGCUUUCCCCUUUUUACCUUCCGAGUCUUAUCAGAUUGGUUUGAUAAUAAAACAGACUUAUACAGAUGGAAAAUGGUUGAUCACUACAUUAGCCGUGUUCGUGGGAAUCUCCAAAUGUUAGAACAGCUGGACUUAAUUGGGAAAACCAGUGAAAUGGCUAGACUUUUUGGCAUCCAGUUUUUACAUGUACUGACAAGGGGUUCACAGUACCGUGUGGAGUCAAUGAUGCUGCGUAUUGCUAAGCCAAUGAACUAUAUUCCCGUGACACCUAGUGUCCAGCAAAGAUCCCAGAUGAGAGCCUUACAGUGUGUUCCCCUAAUUAUGGAACCUGAAUCUCGCUUCUAUAGCAACUCUGUUCUUGUUUUGGAUUUUCAGUCUCUGUAUCCUUCUAUUGUGAUUGCCUAUAACUACUGUUUUUCCACUUGCCUUGGCCAUGUGGAAAACUUAGGAAAGCCUGAUGAGUUCAAAUUUGGCUGUACCUCUCUAAGAGUACCUCCAGAUUUACUUUACCAAAUUAGACAUGACAUCACAGUGUCCCCCAAUGGAGUAGCUUUUGUCAAGCCUUCAGUACGAAAAGGUGUGCUACCAAGAAUGCUUGAAGAAAUUUUGAAGACAAGACUCAUGGUGAAGCAGUCAAUGAAGACUUACAAACAAGACAGAGCCCUUUCACGAAUGCUUGAUGCACGCCAGCUAGGACUUAAACUUAUAGCAAAUGUGACAUUUGGCUAUACAUCAGCUAAUUUUUCUGGGAGAAUGCCAUGUGUUGAGGUUGGCGAUAGUAUUAUUCACAAAGCCAGAGAGACCUUGGAACGGGCUAUUAAAUUGGUGAAUGACACCAAGAAAUGGGGCGCCAGGGUUGUAUAUGGUGACACUGACAGUAUGUUUGUGCUACUGAAAGGAGCCACUAAGGAGCAGUCUUUUAAAAUUGGCCAGGAAAUUGCUGAAGCUGUAACUGCCACCAAUCCCAAGCCAGUGAAAUUGAAGUUUGAAAAGGUAUAUUUGCCUUGUGUCUUACAAACAAAAAAGAGGUAUGUGGGUUACAUGUAUGAAACUCUUGAUCAGAAGGACCCGGUAUUUGAUGCAAAAGGAAUAGAAACAGUAAGAAGAGACUCCUGCCCUGCUGUGACCAAGAUACUUGAGCGUUCUCUAAAGCUGCUAUUCGAAACAAGAGACAUCAGUUUAAUUAAACAGUAUGUCCAGCGACAAUGUAUGAAGCUUCUAGAAGGAAAGGCCAGCAUACAAGAUUUUAUCUUUGCCAAGGAGUACAGAGGAAGUUUCUCUUAUAAGCCUGGAGCAUGUGUGCCAGCCCUUGAACUUACAAGGAAAAUGCUUAGUUAUGACCGGCGAUCUGAGCCUCGAGUCGGGGAACGAGUGCCAUAUGUCAUCAUCUACGGGGCCCCUGGAAUACCACUUAUCCAGCUGGUAAGGCGCCCAGUAGAAGUCCUGCAGGACCCGGCUCUGAGGCUGAAUGCCGCCUACUACAUCACCAAGCAAAUUCUUCCACCACUGGCAAGAAUUUUCUCGCUGAUUGGUAUCGAUGUCUUCAACUGGUAUCAUGAGUUACCACGGAUCCAAAAAGCUACUAGCACCUCUCGAAAUGAAUCUGAAAGUCGGAAAGGCACUAUUUCACAAUAUUUCACUACCUUACAUUGUCCCGUGUGUGACGAGCUGACGCAGCAUGGAGUCUGUAAUAAAUGUCGGAGCCAACCCCAGCAUGUUGCUGUCAUCCUCAACCAAGAAAUCCGAGAGCUGGAACGUAAACAGGAGCAGCUUAUAAAGAUCUGCAAGAACUGCACGGGUUGCUUUGACCGACAUAUCCCAUGUGUUUCUCUGAACUGUCCAGUGCUUUUCAAACUCUCCAGAGUAAACAGAGAAUUAUCCAAGGCACCAUAUCUCCGGCAAUUAUUAGACCAGUUUUGAAAUAGUCCGUAUCACAGAAUUCCAGGUGCUAGUUGUUUUCAGUGUUUACCACUAGACUGUUGUGCAUGGUGCUUUUUCAACUUUCAUUGAGUCAAGUAUGCUCGCUGUCUGCCAUCCGAAGAUGAAGAAAACUUCACUGCUAACUGAACUCGACAGCGCUCUUGUUGAUCUCUGAAUAGCUCCCUUCUGACAGUGUACGAACACGUCUUCUCAUUCUUCUGACAUUGCUUAUAAUGCAGGUGUUGAAUUUGCUCCAGUAUGUGUAACACCCCGUAAAUCCAUUUGAGUAGACCAUGUUUACUUCCUUCUGGAAGAAGCAUUGAAAACCUCUUAAAAAAAAAAAAAAAACCAUUCGUGUGUUUCCCUUGAACUGUCUGUGUCAAGACGUGUUACUUAGAGAUACCCAUCGACUUUAUAAUUUUGACUGCAAAAUAUUUUGUAAAUACACUUUUUUACUUUUCAAACAACUGAGUAAAAUAAUGUGCAAUGAAUUUUAUACAAAUGAUUUUCCAAGUUGUUUGGUAUAUUUCCUCUAGGUUUUGCUUGACUCAGAGUAGAGUUGUUAUUUUGAUCAAACUGUGCAAAUAGUGCCUACCAUGUGUAGCAUUUGGAAACAUUUUCUUCUAAAACCACUGUCUUGCUUUAGCUAUUAAUGGGGCAUUGUGAGGAACUGUGCAAAGACAUUUUUGUUACAAACCUGUGGGCCUGUUGCAAUACUUUAAAAAUAAAAAGAUUUUAUUCCAUUUUUGCUUGUUUUGUAUAGACAUUUCUAUUGCUUCUAAAUAUGCUUAAAAUAUUUCUUUCUUUAUGUACUACUGUACAGUUAGUCUUAUUUGCCAUCAUCUUGAACACAAAAUGUGUAUUUAGAAUAUUUGUAUAACUGUAUAAAAUGAAAAAGGAAUUAUGUGGUCAGUGCAUUGUUUUCUAAACUGGAAACCAUUUUGCUUUAAAGGUUAAUAAUGGGAAUCACAUUAAAAUUGAAUAAAAUAUGAAA